AUGCUAAAAGCUCGAAGACAGAGCAAGAGAUCUUAUCUUGUCAGUGUUUCUUGGUUUGCAGGAUUUAAGACUCCUUCAUUGGGCUUCCAGAGUUAUAUUUUGAGUAUCUGGCAAUCAGACAUUAAGGUGAAUUACCGAAUCGAGAUGUUUUCAAUUACUGAGUAUUUGGAUGAGUUGAAGGAAGCGUUUGUUCCCACAGUCGCUAAGGCCGAAGACGACGUCGAAGAAGCGGAGGAACAAGAUGAGGAAGAUGUGGAGAAGAAUGACGAUGAUGAAGAUGAAGAUGACGAAGAUGAAGAUGACGACGACGACGACGACGAAGACGACGACGACGACGAGGCGGUCACUGACCAGUUAGCAGCAUUACAGGAAGAAUGUAAACAGGCCGAUGCUGGAAAACCACUAGUGCAUCAUUACAUGGAAUGUGUCGAAAGAGUUCAAAAAGCUCAAGAAGAGCCAGGCUAUGACCAAUUAGAGUACAAAGAAGACUGCGUUGAAGAAUUUUUCCAUUUGCAGCAUUAUAUUGACAGCUGUGCUGCUCCAAGACUAUUUGACAAGUUGAAAUAG